CUCUCAUCGCCUCGCUCGUCUCGUUUCGUUUUUUCCCAAGUACAAAAGCAGCGCGCGCGCGCGGAGGCGUACCUAUAUACGUAUUUGCCUCGAGCAUCUACGCGCGUAUAUACGGUGGAAUAUACGCGACUCGACAGAAGGGGAUACGUAUACAUAUACGACGUCGUCUAUGGCGCCGGAGAUGGUAGCGGAUGAGAAGGCGAAGGUGGAAGCGACGGGGAGGAUGGCGUCGAUAGAGAUGGAGCCCAAGACUCUCACCCUCGACCAGCUCAAGUUCGCAAGGGAGGCGGCGCUGUACGUGCUGAGCACGAAGCCGGCGGAGGAGGCCAUCCGGAUCUUCACCGAGGGCCUCAAGCCGGUGCACCUCGCCGCCGGCUGCGGCGGCGGCGGCAGGAAGAGCUCCACGAUGGCGGCGGACUCGUCGUCGGACGACGACCUCGACAUCGGAUGCUUCCACGAUGACUACGCCGGCAAGUCGUACUGCCGCCACCAUGGCGGCGGCCGUCGCCGCCGUCGCCGUUCAUCUUCGGCCGUCGAGAAAGACGUCGCCACGGCGCCCUUCUAGUUCUAGCUGCUUCUAGAAGAACCCUUUUUACCUUUUUUUUUUUUUUUUUUGCUUUGUUUGAUAAGCUGGCCUUGUAUGUGUUUUUAUACCGAACGGGCCGGCCGGUUUUGUGUUGAGCUAAAAGCGGCAAAUUUUGGCGUGUAGUAGUUUGAAGGCCAUAGAGAGGCCUCGGCUAGAAGAAGAGGCGUGACGGUAGUGAACUGUCGUUGCAUGUAAAUAUCAGUAGCUAGCUAGCACGUACGUACUGCACUGUACAUUAUGAACGCAAAGUUUUUGUUUCCUUUUUGCUUUCCCUUUCGAGAGAAAGAUGAAUGUUUACAAUUACACAUUUACGAAAGUUGACUA